UUACUGCCAUACUAAUUCUUUCCAAUUUCUUUUUCUUUUUCAGCAAAUGAUUUUGCCCAACCCAGUUGUCCCUAUUCCACUUAGACCUCCAGAUCCUUUUGUGUCACUUCGUGGUUGAAGUUGAAUGGCUGUAAAAUACCUGCAAAGACUGUUCUGUGGUUUGUCUCUUGUCCUUGUUAUUUUAUUGACAUGGUAUAUGGCAUUUCCUUCCCACACUGUGAUGAAACACAAUGACUGGAUGUAUUUCUAUGACAGUGAGCCUGUCUACAAGCAGAAUUUUUCCUUCAUAUUACGUGAGCGAGUAACAUGUGAAGCCCGCAGUCCGUUUCUGGUAAUCUUGGUGAUUUCAAGACCUACAGAUGUGAAAGCGAGGCAAGCUAUAAGGAUAACAUGGGGCUCCCAAAAAUCCUGGUGGGGGAAAGAAGUUAUGGUGCUCUUUUUACUGGGCAAAGAGACAGAGAAGGAGGAUAUCGAAGCUUUGUCCACACGAGACGAAAGCAUUCUUUACGGAGACAUCAUCCAGCAAGAUUUCCUUGACACCUAUGACAACCUUACCUUGAAAACUAUCAUGAUGUUCAGAUGGGUCACUGAAUUUUGUCCAAGUGCUCAGUAUAUGAUGAAGACAGAUUCUGAUGUUUUCGUCAACACAGGCAAUUUAGUCAAGUUUCUUCUAAAUUCAAAUGCCUCAGAAAACUUCAUGACUGGCUACCCUCUGGUGGGAUCCUAUCCUCACCGAGGACUUUAUUUGAAAGCUUAUAUUUCUUAUUCUGACUAUCCAUUUAGUGUUUAUCCCCCAUAUUGCAGUGGAUUUGGUUAUAUACUUGACACCAAACUAGUUCACAAGGUUUAUGAAAUAAUGAGCCAUAUUAAACCUAUUAGGUUCGAAGAUGUCUAUGUUGGAAUUUGUUUAAAUAUACUCGGGGUGGGUAUCUCUAUUCCAAAUGACUCCAAACUCUUCUUUUUGUCCACAAUUGAGUUUGAUAUUUGUAAGUACAAGCACUUGGUCGCUGUACACGGGAUUUCUCCACAGGACAUGGUUGCAUUCUGGGAGGAAAUAACGAAGAAAGCCACAGUUCCUUGCCAGUAACUCAAUUUUGUUUUCAACAUUUUAACAUUUGAAGUCUGGGUCUUUUUCUUUAGACCAGGGUGAGGUGGAACUGUUGGGCUGCUAGGUGGUCUUCCAGACUCUCUAUGUUAUACUAUAGAGAUAUGUGAGUUUAGGAGAACAAUUGCAAGAAAGGCUACUGUGACCCUCUCCUUAGAUAUCCAACCAGAAUGGACAUUCACAUUAGAGUUAGCCAUUCUGGAUGCCAUGUUGGGCUUCCAAUAUGGCCAACUCUAACUUUGAAACUCAGUCCUUCUAUAAAUCCUUUUGCACUUUGAUUAUAUGUAUAUUGCUACCCAGUUUUUGUCAACCACCCAUCUAUGCCGUCUUCCAGGAUUUUCCAUUCUGGUUGUCCCCUUUCUCUUCUCUGCUCAGUUAUCAUGGAAUUCUACUAAUGGAAGCCUCCACCAUAUAUAUGACUUGCCUACUGCAAGUCCAGUGUGGACGGAGAAGGGCCCUCAAAUAUAGAUCCACAGGUCUGGACAGGUUUUCAUGAAAAGAGAGAGAAGCCACAGGCUGAUCAAAUUUGAUAAAAGCCAGGGUCUUGAACUAAGUCCAUAGCUGCUAAUGAAUUGGAUAAUGGCUUGAAUCCAGUUUCUACUCCCAGCUAGAACAAACCCAUUACACCAGUGCUUGCUUAUCAAUUUGUCAUUGGUUUAUGGGUCACAAUAGGAUUUUUUAGUUCAACAUGAGCCAAUCUGUUCAUCUCGGGGAAAAAAUUGAAGGACCCUAUUCUGGCCCACUUGAUAUUUCCAUCUUGUAUUUAACAUCAGCACCACAUAAAGUAAACCAGUCUGGAAAUGCCCCCCUAAUAUGCAAUAAUCAGGGCAAGUUGGACUUCUCUGAAGAAGGGCAUAGCUUUCAUAUUAAUCAGAGUUUAUAAAAAAUAGGCAUGGUCACCCCUAUAGCACUUGCAGAAUUCCUAAGCUACUGGUCAGAGGAAUACAGCAAUAGGUCAUUACUUGUUUCUUUUUAAAAAAAUAAUUUUAUUAGGGUAUAUCAAAUGGUUUACAGAUAGGUUAAAAAGUAAGGGGUUGGGAAAGUCCAAGGGAAAGAGGGGAAGGGGGAAAGGAGGGGAAGGGACAGUAGGAAUAGAACGAGUGUGGUAAGAAGAUUAAUUGCGAACUAGGGGAUGGGAAUAAUUGUAGGGAAGGAAAAGGGGGGCUUUCUAUGGUCUUCUAUUCUUCUUCCUUGCAGUUGAAAUUCUUCCUUAAAAAAUUGUUCGUCACGCUCCUGGUCUUCUCCUAUACCACGGCGGGGUUCCUCCUUUGUUUUUCUUAUCUUUGCCCUGUAUUUUCCUGUAUUUCCUUAUUUUCCUGUAUAUUUCAUAUUGUUUCCAGUCAGUCAUUCUUAUCGCUUUUCCUCUAUUUUUCUUCAAUAAGAAGGUUAAUUUGUCCAUGUCAUAUAUUUCGUCCAUUUUUUCUAGCCAUUGUUCUUUUGUGGGUGUUUCAUCUGAUUUCCUAAGUUUUGCAAAAACAAUUCUUGCUGCUGUACUUAUGUAUGUGAAUAAAAUAUAAUUGUUUGAAGUAAA